AUGAGAAGAGAGGAUGAUCCACGCAUCGAGCAAGUUGGAGUGGACAACAGGGACGGUCGAGGAGUGACGCUAUCAAUGGACCUUGAAGGCACUGAACGAGUCGAUCAUCUCCAGAAAAUACUGAAACGAGAGGAUGCAAUAUUGGAAUUGAAUAAUCCGGACAAUCUUAUGCUUAUUUUCAAAGGUUUGAUCCGGGCGUACUUUUAA